AUGGGAUUCUGGAUCAUCAUGCCUUAUAUAUUUGACUUUCCGUCUUCCACCUUUCACUCUGACACUCGCAUAGACGGAAUACAGGUUUACAACUCUCCUCUUUCAUUUCUCAACGCCCGAGUUCUCUUCAAUGUCUCCAGUUCAGAACUAAGCCAUCACAAGCGGUCGAAGGCAUUUCCUGCGCUGCAGUGGCUGCUGCAAGCCUGUCAGCCUCCAAUGAGGAUCUUAAAUUGGAUGCAACAAAAGCUCACAAAGAAACCGACGGCGUCAAAUUCUUGCAAUGCCAAUCAUAUUAAUCCUCGCAAAGGCGAUGCGAUCAUUGAAGCGAAUUCCUCCAAGCGUAUUGGCUCGGGCGGCUGGCAGCAGGGGCUGCUGACAAUAGGAACCUUCGGCAAUACUGAGAUCGAUGAGAAAGUGGGAGAAGACAGUGAAGCACAUGAUCAGAAUUCAUCAUCUGGCCUUAUUCCAGAGUUGACGGAGUUUACCACGGAAGAGAUUGGGAAGCUGAAACAGGAGCUGACAAAGUACUUAGCACUUAAGCACUCCUGCCGGCGUGCCGGCGCCGGCGAGCAGCAGGACCCACCGUCAAAGGGAGGGAGCGCACGCAAGAAUGACUGUCCCUUGAACAAAUUUUUGAACUGCCCAUCUAGCCUGGACGUCGACCGGGUCAGCAGUCUGCGGCAUGCAUGCGACUCAAGCGGUGAAAAUGAAGAUCCGGACAAUUAUUACGUUGUUCCAACAAAGGUGAAGGAUGUUUGCCGUGCUGAUGCUGCGCGCGCUGGAAUCAGGCAAAUAUCAAUCUCGCUCCUACUGAAGAAGAUGUUUGUGUGCGAAGGUGGGUUCACACUGGCACCGAGCAUAAGAGAGCCACAGUUGGUACAAUCAAGAAUGGAGAAGUUGAUGAAAGCGAUCCUUCACCAUAAGAUAUAUCCCCAGCAUUCUAACUCAGGCAAGAAGCUCAUCCUGAGCAAAUCAACUGAAAAAAUGGAUGCAGAAGAGGAAUCAAGAGCAUGGGAAAGUGACAGAUGUAAAUGGGUUAAGACUGAUUCUGAAUUUAUUGUCUUGGAGAUGUAGGAUGUGGUCAAGGCUGAAGACAUGCCAAAAAACAUUAUCAAUAUUUCUUAUGAUUAUGUAUUUGAAAUUGCUGAGUUGUAAGUAUGAUUGACCAUCACGCUCUAAAUUUAAGAGGAAUGGAUGGCAUGAUAAGCUUGGUUAUUCUCUACUCUUUGUAAAUCC